AUGAGAAAUUCACCGAAGGACUGGAAUCGUGACACCAUCGAUGACGCUGAUUGGAACUCUCAGGCAGAUGUUAUUUUCGUUCUUGAUUCCUCGGACACUGUUGGGUCGGACAACUUUGCCAAGAUGCUGCAAUUCGUGCAAAACAUGGUCACCCACUGGACCAUUGGACCAACGAGAAUGCAGGUGGGCGUGGUCACCUAUGGUGGCGGCUACCACAGCCAGAUCCCGCUCAACAAGUUCAGAUCAGCCAAUCAGCUGACGAGCAGCAUAGCCAGCAUUCCAUUCUCUGGAGGAACGGCAAACCGCGGGACCGCCUUUCAGUUUGUCAGCCAAUCAGCAUUCGGUAUUCCGGGAGGUGGGCGACCCAACGUUCCUCACGUGGUCAUACACGUCAGCAAUGGUCGAUCGAGCAAUCCCGAUUUUGCGAUGACUCAGGCGAAACAUUUGAAGGAUCAAGGCGUUUCUAUUUUUAACGUGGGUGUCGGCGGUGGAACAGGAUCAAGGGAGCUAACUGGUGAGGCCAGCAACCCUGGCUCCAGAUACGUGAUAAGGGCAGAUAACUACAACGCUCUGAAUGACUUGUCCAGUUCUCUGGCAUCUCGCAUCAAGAAUGGCUGUCCUGGCCGAGCAGACAUCGUCUUUUUGCUUGACUCUUCCACCAGCGUGGGCAAGAGCAACUAUGAACACCUGGAGGACUUCCUCAAGCACAUCGUCUCCCGCCUGCCCGUGGGCAGGGACCUUGUCCAUGUGGGCAUGAUGCAGUUCAGCAGCUACCCAUCCCAGGAGUUCCCACUUGACAUGUACAAGGACAGAGUCAGCGUUCUCAAGGCCAUUGAUGGUCUCCAGUACAUGGGCGGCGGAACCAAUACCGCCGACGCUCUCAAGUACAUGCGUGAACAGAUGUUCUCGCAGAACGCCGGGGCCAGGAGUCAGGUGCCGAGGAUUGCAGUCGUCAUCACGGAUGGUCAGAGCUCCAAUACGGUGCUCACCACACAGGAGGCAGACCGGGCCAGGCUCGACAAUAUAGAGAUCAUUGCAGUCGGAGUGGGAGCUGGUGCCAAUCGUAACGAGCUUCACAGCAUUGCCAGUGACCCAGACUCAACAAACAUGUUCAUAGUCGGAGCGUUCAGCGACCUCAAGACACUCACCUCUCAGAUCCUCUAUUCUGCCUGCAACGUGCACUCUACAGCUGCUCCACUAACAACCAUGGCACCAGGAGCCACACAUCUUCCAGAUGUCUGUGCUGACAAACUCGACAACUGUGCGACCUUUGGCAAAAAUGUGUGUACAGAAUACAAACCAUGGGCAGAUGACAACUGUAAAAGAUUUUGUGGCAUCUGUCAUCCUCUACACACAGACCCACCACCUCCCUGUGUGGACAAGAAGACAGACUGUGACAAAUAUGGUAGUGAUAUGUGCACCACGUUCGGGCCGUGGGCGCACGAUAACUGCAUGAAGUUUUGUGGAUUCUGUGAUCCCAACAAAUCAAGCACCGGAUAUUAUGGACAGUGUUACUAUGGUGGCAAGGCCUACAGUCAUGGGGAGAAGUGGGAAGAUGGCUGUGACUAUCAGUGUAUUUGUGAAGAUGGAAAAACUGGCAGAUAUAGAUGUUUUAACAAGUGUCCUGUUUACUAUGAUCUACCUAAUGACUGCACCCUCGUACACUCCCCCGGUGAGUGCUGUCUCAAGCCUGUGUGUAACUUCAAACAACACCUCGAGAUAACGGAGGGAUCAGGAGAAGGAAAAACACCAACUGGAAUAAGUGUGUGUUUGUACAGUAACAAGCAGUACUACCAGGACCAGAGCUGGGAGGUGGACUGUGACUACAAGUGUAGGUGUAUAGACGCACAGCACGGCACGUACCAGUGCCAGGCAUACUGUCCAACGUACACCAACCUGCCGGUUAACUGCCGCCUACAAAAGAAUCCGGGUAAAUGCUGUGCAGAGCCUCACUGUGAAUUCAACCAACAGACGGGCAGUUUCAUUGGCCGAGGAUCCACCAGUGGCAUUGGAUCUGUUCAACAUCCAACAGCAGCACCAGCAUGUGAAAACGUAUUGCCAAACUGCGAACAGUACGGAAAGAGCUCGUGCAUUGGCCCGUAUGUUGGAUGGGCAAAGGGAAAUUGUCGCAAAUACUGUGACUACUGUGUUUCUGGAAAUCCAACACCUUCACCGACAGAUUCAUGUUAUUUCGGUGGUAAGACGUAUCACCAAGGUGAUAAGUGGUCCAGUGGCUGUGAUACGCAGUGUGUUUGUGAGAAUGCCAUAUAUGGUUACUACCGGUGUACUAACACCUGUCCGGUCUACAACAAUCUACCUCUAGGCUGCAAAGCCGAGAAGAAGGCUGGCGACUGCUGUGAGCACGUGACCUGCCCGAACGGAUCUUUCCUCUCCUCGACGAUCAAUCUGAACACCGUCGGCAACGGUGCGGGAAUCACCGUGACGGGACCUGGUGGUCAUCUGGUGAAUGUACUGCCCACUCUACCGUCCGGCGGAACUGUCGCUCCAGGCACUGGUGGAACCGGCAUGGUGGCCCCUCAGCUGAAGGGCUGCCUAUACCAUGGUCAGGUUUACGUAAUGGGUCAGCGAUGGGAUGAUGGAUGUGUGAAGACCUGUGAGUGUGUAAACGAGGACAAUGGACUCUACCAGUGUAGAGAUAGAUGUCCCCAUUACAUCAACCAACCUGCGGGAUGUACUGCCCUGCGCCCAGACCCCAACGAUGCUUGUUGCACAGUGCCUCACUGCCAGGGCUACGUUCCCAUCCCGGUGUACAACCAACAGACCCAGAGUGUGGGCGCAGUCAAACCUCCCAGCAUGAAGGAUCUCAUCACAGGAGUGUUCACCAUCGACUACACACUCAGAUUCAGCGGUGGGCUAGUAGACAAACCAACCACACCAAGCUCCCAGUCCACUGGUGGCAUAGGUUACUGCUCAUACAAGAACCAUCACUAUCAACAUGCUCAGCAAUGGCAGGACGGAUGUGCCUAUAACUGUGUGUGUGAGAACGCAGCUACGGGAUCCUGGAGAUGUGUGGACAGAUGUAAGAAAUUUGAAAACAUACCUAAGCCGUGGUGCUGGCUGAUUCCUGACCCCCAGGACAGCUGUUGCAAGGUUCCGUUCUGUGACUUCACUGGGAACAAGACUCAGUUCACCGGCAAAGCAAGCCUUCCACCAUUCACCUUCCCACCAGUAACCACCCAGCCACCCACCACUCCGUCAACCACACCUAAAGCAGCUGUGUGUGUGUACAAGAGCCAGUCGUACUCCAAGGGACAGAUGUGGUACGAUGGAUGCAGUCUGAAAUGUACCUGUGACAACCCAGAGCAGGGCUUCUUCAGAUGUACAAACAGAUGUCCACAGUACAAUGACAUCCCUCUGAAGUUCUGCCACUGGGAGCAGGACCCACAGGAUCCCAAGUGUUGUCGUAUCCCAAAGUGCGACUUUACGCCAACCUCUGGCAGCAUGACGGGCCAUGGCAACCCCCAGACAGUGCCUCCAGGCUCUUUCUCCGGAACCGGUCAGAAUCCAGGCAGUUCCACCAAAAUAGGUUACUGUAACUACAAGAACAAGCAGUAUUCUCAGUCCCAGGCCUGGCAAGAUGGCUGCCAGUACAACUGCAAGUGUGAUGACGCUGAUUCCGGUCUCUACACCUGCACGGACAUGUGCCCACGCUAUGCUGGUCUGCCUCCUCAGUGCCAUUUCGUCACCGACUUUUCAAAUCCAUGUUGCAAGAAACCCGACUGCCAUUUCGGUUAUAAUUCUGGUCAGAUCACAGGAAAUGGCGGCAUUCUGACACCCGCCCCCGGCACAUUGCCUCCAGGCCAGACUCCACCUCCCCUGCCCACCUGUGUGUAUGGGGGUGUUCCCUACUACCAGGCUCAGACAUGGCAGGAUGGCUGCAACUUGAACUGCAGGUGUGAAGACGCAAAAACAGGGCUCUAUGUUUGUGUGGACAGAUGUCCCAAGUUUGGAUCUCUGCCCUCGUCCUGUCAGAUGGUGACCAAUCCAAGUGAUCCCUGCUGCCAGAAACCGCAAUGCAAGUUUAUCCCUACAGCCGGACAGAUAAAUGGAUCCGCUGUGCCCACCAUUCCCCCCACUCUCGCACCCGGGAGGAUCGUGGGACAGGUUCCCACCCCGGCACCUGGACCUGGGGGACAGAUCCCAACCAUGACACCAGUCAAUAUGUGUACCUAUAAGAGUAUCACGUACAAGCAAGGAGAGAAGUGGACAGAUGGGUGUGAGUUUGACUGUGAAUGUGUCGAUGCCACCAUUGGAAAAUACAUCUGCACUGAAAGGUGUCCGAGGUUUGCGGCCAUGCCUCCGCAGUGUCAUCUGAUCAAGGAUGCGAGGAACCCUUGCUGCCAGACUCCAGUGUGCGACUUCACGUCGACGUCGGGUCAAAACACCGGCCACGGGAACCUGACACCAAACCCUGCGGGAACACCAACACCAGGGUCUGGACUGAACACGCCCACCCCCGGACCCAAACCAAGCUUCUGUGUGUACAAGGGCGUGAACUAUGCGCAGGGUCAGCAGUGGUAUGAUGGUUGUGACUACAGCUGCAGCUGCGAGGAUUCACUGAAAGGUGUAUAUCGAUGCACCAACAGAUGUCCCAGCUAUCCACCCAUGCCCAGUGGUUGUCGCCUAGUAUCUGAUCCAGUUGAUCCACUGUGCUGCAAGAGACCAGAAUGUGACUUCAAUGCCACUGGCGGGCAGCAGACAGGAUUUCUCAUCCCCAGUGUACCCCCGGGUACUGUGACCGGCGGCAGUGUCGUACCCACACCCAACCCCAUGCUAGCACCGAGUCUGGCACCAGGAGUGCACCCUACACCACCCUACAGAGAUGUGUGUCUUUACAAGGGCAAUGAGUACAGCCAGGGUCAGAAGUGGCAAGAUGGAUGUGACUACAACUGUGUGUGUGAGGAUGCUCGCCAGGGCCAGUACAGAUGCACUGAGCAAUGUGCAAAAUAUGCCAACAUUCCACAACAAUGUCAUAUGGUGCCAGACGCCAUGAACCCAUGUUGUCAUAAACCAUACUGCGACUUCUCUGGUGUCCAUGGCCAACAUACAGGUCAAGGUCACCUGACUCCAUCUCCCGGACCCGGCAUUCACCCAACUCCAUCUCCGAAACCAGCAAUUCUUGGCUGUUCUUUGGUGACCGAUCCUAAAGAUACAUGCUGCAAGGUCCCGUCUUGUCCGCUGACGAUCCACAACACGCCCGCACCAAGCCUGGCUCCUGGCAUGACCCCACCGGUGAACCCUAAUGUGAACCCUACUCCCCUGCCGUACCCCAUCCCAACAGCCAUCCCUGGAGUGAUCCAUGGUUCAGUAGUCAACCCCGAUCAUAACAAACCCAACACUACAUCAAUGUGUGAGUUCCAUCAUAUCCUGUACCACACCGGGGACACCUGGAAGGAUGGAUGUCAAUUUAACUGUGUUUGUGAAGAUGAGAAAACUGGCAAAUACAAAUGUACUGAGAGAUGUCCUGCUUACAUGAACAUUCCUCCGUACUGCACAAUGGUGGUUGAUCUGAAUGACUCCUGCUGCAAGGUGCCAUCCUGUACAGCACCCCACGGACUACAAACACCCUUACCGGGGUCCACACUCAGUCCCCCGACCAACAAACCGGGCGUGUCACCCACCCCCGGAGCCAACCCAAUCCCGACACCACAACCUCAGGCAAGUUGCUACUACAAAAAUGUCCGUUACGUCCAGGGCCAGCAGUGGUACGAUGGAUGUGAUAAGGUGUGUGUUUGUGAGGAUGGCAAGACUAACUUCUACAGGUGCAGUGACAGAUGUACAACAUACACCAAUGUUCCCGCACAGUGUCGGAUGGUGGCCGAUCCUAAAGAUCCCCAGUGCUGUCAGGUUCCGGACUGCACCCCGACACCAGGACCUAACGGAUACCCCACACCCAAACCUGGGGUGUCUGCCGUACCCACGAUGUUUACCAAUGUUCCUGGUUUCAUCACGGGUCUGGCCCCAACUCCAACUCCUGGCGUGAAUGGAAAAACACCAGCUCCAAGACAUGCAUGUGUGUACCAAGGAACCGAGUACCGCCAAGGCCAGCAGUGGCAAGAUGGCUGCCAUUACAACUGUGUGUGUGAAAAUGAGGUCACUGGCAAGUACAGAUGUGCAGAACGGUGCCCAACCUACCCAUUCGUCCCACCACAGUGCAAACUGGAGCGUGACAGCAAGGACAUCUGCUGUUUCAAGAUGACGUGUGACUUCCAGAAGCCGACUCCAAAUCCAUAUGCUGUCCCCACCCCAGGUCCAAAUCAGUCUCCACGACCCAACGUGCAGCCCACACUGGGUCCAGGACAAACCCCAAACCCUAAUGCUACACCUGUACCAACCAAAGGUCCCGUCAUUCCUCCUCAACUCAGUUACUGUGUGUACAAGGGUGUUCCAUACAGACAGGGACAAGAGUGGACUGAGGGCUGUAAACAGAAAUGCAGAUGUGAUGACGCUUCCAAUGACGUUUACAACUGCUUCGACAGAUGCCCAUCCUACAACAAUCUGCCUGCAUCAUGCACGAUGGUCGCUGAUCCAGCUGAUCCAUGCUGUCAAAUCCCACAAUGCCUCAAAGUCCCCACACCAAUGCCAGGGAUAACACCGGCACCAAAACCAGGACAAAAACCAACCCCGGUUCCGUCUCCUCUGCCCACGGCUGUGCCCGGUAUUAUCAAUGGACACUCUCCAAACCAUAAUCCAGUUGACAAACUAGGAAGCUGUGUUUACAAAGGAAUCAAGUACACACAUGGCCAGACGUGGCAAGAUGGAUGCCUCCUCAACUGUGUCUGCUUGGAUGACUCCACUGGCCAGUAUCAGUGCACAGAAAGGUGCCCCAAGUAUCCGAAUAUUCCAAGUUACUGCUUCAUGGUGUCGGACCCCAAUGAUGCCUGUUGUCAGACACCGCAGUGUCCAGGACUCGUGCCGACGCCCAGACCAGCAGUGACACCAUCACCCGGACCCCAUGCCACACCCGGUCAAUUGGGGACAACUCUUUUACCACCAGUUUUAACAACUCCCAAACCACUGCCUAAAGAAAUGUGCCUCUACAAGGGCCACGCUUACAGUGAGAAGCAGUUCUGGUACGAUGGUUGUGAGAAGCGAUGUGUGUGUGAGGACGGCAAGACCGGUUUCUACAGGUGUACAGACAGGUGCCCACAGUACCUGAACAUUGCUCCCAACUGUAUUAUGGUGGUUGAUCCCCAGGAUCCAGUCUGUUGUAAAGUUCCUCAGUGCAAUCAUGGCACCAACACGGCCAUUCCAACAGGUGUGGUGGGCGUGGUCACUGGGCAGGGUCUGCCUCCGACCGGUGGUCCCACCCCGACUCCAGGACCAGGUGUAUCGACCAUGUUCCCUCCUCUCCUCACCUUGACUCCAACCCCAGGACCAGGAGUCAGUCCAACACCAAGAGAAGUGUGUGUAUACAAGAACCGUGAGUACAAGCCAGGCCAGAAGUGGGUGGACGGCUGCGACUACACCUGUGAGUGUAUCGAUGGCACGACCGGGCAGUACAGGUGUACAGACAGAUGUCCACAUUUCCCCAACCUGCCAUACUACUGCCGCAUGGUGUUUGACCCCAGCAACCCGUGCUGCCAGAAACCAGACUGCAACCAGCCGACUCCGAAACCAGGCCAGAACCCGACACCGCAGUUCUGUGUUUACAACGGAAUUCCUUUCCGCCAGGGACAGAGUUGGAACGAUGGCUGUGACAAGGUUUGCAGAUGUGAGGAUGCAAUAACCGGCCAUAUAAACUGUGACGACAGGUGCCCGAAGUUCACCAGCACCCCCCCGGGCUGUUCACUGGUCACAGACACCAAGGACCAGUGCUGCCAGGUACCAUCCUGCAAGUCUGCCAACACCAACAACCCCGAUACCUACCUGAAGGGUGUGUACGGGACACUAUCCGGGUCCAGCCUGCCGCCAGACAAGCAGAAUCCCAUGCCCAAGAAAGCCGAGUGCGUCUACCAUGGCAGGAGCUACAAGCAGGGAGAUAAGUGGGACGACGGGUGUUCUUACACGUGUGAGUGCCUUGAUGAUCACACUGGGGCAUACAAGUGCAAGGAAAUGUGUCCGAGGUACCCAAUGUUGCCGUCACAGUGCACCAUGGUGAACGAUCCACAAAACAAGUGUUGUCAGACGCCAUCUUGUCCAGGCGUGAAUCCUACACCAUAUCCGAUUGGCUACACUCCUUACCCUGGCGCCACGCCAUACCCUGGACCAUCAAAGUACCCGAUUGGUUUUACACCCUCACCAGGCGCUACACCUUAUCUGGGGCCAACUCCAUGGCCAAUUGGAUACGUACCCUACCCAGGAGCUACACCUUACCCUGGGCCCAGCAAGUAUCCCAUUGGCUACACACCAUCACCGGGGGCAACGCCAUAUCUCGGACCCACUCCUUACCCAAUAGGCUAUGUUCCCUAUCCUGGAAUGACACCAUAUCCAGGUCCUUCAAGAUACCCUAUAGGUUUUACACCGUCGCCAGGUGCAACACCCUACCUUGGACCAACCCCAUGGCCCAUUGGUUAUACUCCCAAACCAGGUGCCACACCAUACCCAGGUCCUUCGAAGUAUCCUAUUGGGUUUACCCCAUCUCCCGGAGCCACACCCUACCUUGGACCCACCCCGUGGCCCAUUGGUUACACUCCUAAGCCGGGUGCUACGCCGUACCCAGGACCGUCCAAAUAUCCCAUCGGGUUCACACCUUCCCCGGGAGCCACACCCUAUCUGGGGCCAACUCCAUAUCCCAUUGGAUACACCCCGUGGCCGAAUGCAACACCUUACCCUGGUCCAUCAAAAUACCCUAUUGGCUUUACACCGUCACCAGGCGCCACACCAUACCUCGGACCUACCCCAUGGCCUAUAGGACACAUACCCUACCCGGGAGCUACGCCCUAUCCUGGCCCUUCGAAAUACCCAAUAGGGUUCACUCCCUCUCCUGGUGCGACACCUUACUUGGGUCCCACCCCGUGGCCAAUAGGCUUUGUCCCAAGCUCCGGGGCAACCCCUUAUCCAGGCCCCUCGAAGUAUCCCAUUGGCUUCACACCAUCACCAGGUGCAACCCCGUAUUUAGGACCGACGCCGUGGCCCAUCGGACACAUUCCAUCACCCGGGGCAACACCUUACCCAGGUCCAUCAAAAUACCCAAUUGGAUUCACACCGUCCCCUGGUGCUACACCCUACCUCGGUCCCACACCGUGGCCCAUUGGCUAUACCCCAUUCCCUGGUGCCACACCAUAUGCAGGACCAAAACCACAACCGAAAACACCAACACCGUAUCCCAUUGGUUUCACGCCAUAUCCAGGGGCCACUCCUUAUCCAGGACCCAAUAAAUAUCCAAUUGGAUAUACGCCGUCCCCAGGAGCAACGCCAUACCUUGGACCUACACCCUAUCCAAUUGGGUAUGUUCCAUACCCUGGCGCCACCCCAUACCCUGGACCUUCAAAAUAUCCUAUAGGAUUCACUCCAUCUCCAGGUGCUACUCCCUAUUUGGGCCCAACACCUUGGCCAAUUGGAUCAAUACCAUACCCAGGUGGAACCCCUUAUCCGGGACCUUCUAAAUACCCUAUUGGGUUCACUCCUUCCCCUGGUGCUACACCCUACCUUGGCCCCACACCAUGGCCGAUAGGUUACACACCUAACCCAUUUGCCACACCAUACCCUGGGCCUUCCAAGUAUCCAAUUGGAUUUACACCUUCCCCUGGGGCUACACCGUACCUGGGACCGACACCAUAUCCUAUUGGAUACACACCCUGGCCAAAUGCAACACCUUACCCUGGGCCAUCUAAAUACCCCAUGUGGUUUACACCCUCGCCCGGUGCCACACCAUACCUUGGACCUACACCCUAUCCAAUUGGAUAUGUCCCAUAUCCUGGAGCCACCCCGUACCCUGGACCUAACAAAUACCCAAUAGGUUUUACACCAUCUCCAGGGGCUACUCCAUAUCUGGGACCAACUCCAUGGCCCAUUGGAUACACGCCAAAACCAGGGGCCACUCCUUACCCUGGUCCUUCAAAAUAUCCUAUAGGGUUUACUCCAUCACCUGGCGCAACACCAUAUCUAGGUCCCACGCCCUGGCCAAUAGGGCAUGUCCCAUAUCCAGGAGCUACCCCAUACCCAGGCCCUUCAAAAUAUCCUAUUGGUUUUACACCGUCUCCGGGAGCAACACCCUACCUAGGACCGACCCCAUGGCCGGUAGGAUAUGUACCUUUCCCUGGGGCCACACCUUAUCCUGGUCCCUCAAAAUAUCCUAUUGGAUUCACACCAUCUCCAGGAGCAACACCAUACCUUGGCCCCACACCAUGGCCAAUAGGUUACACACCAUCACCUGGGGCAACGCCGUAUCCUGGACCUUCUAAGUAUCCCAUUGGCUACACUCCGUCUCCAGGGGCAACGCCAUAUCUUGGACCCACACCCUGGCCAAUCGGUUUUAUGCCAUAUCCAGGAGCCACGCCGUAUCUGGGACCACACCUGCAGCCACAGAAGACACCCACACCAGCCCCUGAUGCUAAAGUUUGUACAUACAAGAACCAGAACUACCGGCAGGAUCAGCAGUGGUAUGAUGGCUGUAAUGCCAUUUGUAAGUGCGAGGAUGCAGUCACCGGCCAUUACAGAUGUCAGGAAAGAUGCGCACACUUCACAAACAUCCCUGCCAACUGCAUGAUGGUUCCAGACCCGCGGGACCCAUCAUGCUGCCAGAUGCCGGAGUGUCCCUUCCCGACCCCUAAACCGGGCGUGACGCCCACUCCCGGCUACAUCAGCAUCACGCCGGCCACAGGCGUGAUCACGGGUAUUGGGAAAAUACCAACACCAUCGCCUCUUCUCUCACCAUCACCAGGGCCUGGGCAGUCACCAACGAAAGCUCCAAGUAAAGGCUGCUUGUACAGGGGUGUUGUGUAUGCCAAGGGUCAGACUUGGACCGAUGGAUGUGACUAUGACUGCGAGUGUCUUGAUGAUAUGACUGGCCGAUACAAGUGUUCAGAAAAAUGUCCAAGGAUACCCAACCUUCCGAAACAGUGUGUGCUACUACUUGACCCCAAGAACCCGUGCUGCAAGACCCCGUUCUGUGACUUCCAACAUCCAACGCCGUUCCCUGGUGGCAUUCCAACACCAGAUCCACAUCUUCUGCCAAGUCUUGGUCCCGGCAUGGGCACAACACUGGUCCCAGGAUUUCAGACACCUCCAUCUAAUAAACCCAACAAGAAUCCAUUACAGAAUCAAGGAUUUUGUGUGUACAAAGGCGUUUACUACAGACAAGGUCAGACGUGGUCAGAUGGCUGCAAACAAAUCUGUGCCUGCGAUGACUCCAGUACUGGACAAUACACUUGUAAAGAAAGGUGUUCCACUUUUCCGAACCUCCCGCCUACUUGCAUGCUGCAGACUGACCCCUCUGACUCGUGUUGUCUGGUGCCCAACUGUAACAACCUUCCAGCGCACGUGAUCACACCGAAAGUCCCACCUGCAAUCAAUUCCACCGGCGGCCCGCAGACCCCUGGUACAGUGUUUGGUACCCACACCGGAACACCCACUGCAGGAACAACACCGGCGCCAGUUCUGCUUCCAACAGGAGUGCCUGGAUCUUUCCAGGGAUCCAGCGGCUCUGGGAAUCAUCCAUUGGGAAUGAACAGCGGCGGAACUUCAGGAUUCGGAGGUGUUUGCGUGUAUAAGUCAGUUGCCUAUAAACAAAACGAGAAGUGGACGGAUGGCUGCAACUACAAGUGCGAGUGUCUGGAUGCCGUCAGAGGUUUAUACAAAUGUACAGACAUCUGUUCAAAGUACUACUUCGUGCCUCCUCAGUGCAGAAUGGUUCAGGAUCCACACAACACAUGCUGCAAAGUUGCUGAGUGUGACCCGAGUAUCUUCACCCCGACUCCAAAUCCAUUCCCUGUCUCCCCAUUCACUGUGACAGGUCCUGGAGGCUCUCCUACACCACAAGCACCUAUCACCAAGUUUGGAACCCAUACAGGAACACCGCCAAUACACAUCAGCCCAGGUGGGCAAACUGGCCCUCAAGGGAGUGGACAUCCUAUGACACCGGUGACCAAUUUUGGAUCCCACACUGGCACACCACCACUACACAUCAGCCCUGGUGGACAAACUGGCCCUCAUGGAAGUGGACAUCCUAUGACUCCUGUAACCAAGUUUGGAUCCCACACUGGUACACCACUGAUACACAUCAGCCCUGGUGGGCAAACUGGCCCUCAAGGGAGUGGACAUCCUAUGACCCCUGUAACCAAGUUUGGAUCCCACACUGGUACACCACUGAUACACAUCAGCCCUGGUGGGCAAACUGGCCCUCAAGGGAGUGGACAUCCUAUGACCCCUGUAACCAAGUUUGGAUCCCACACUGGUACCCCGCCGAUACACAUCAGCCCUGGUGGGAAAACUGGCCCUCAAGGAAGUGGACAUCCUAUGACCCCGGUAACCAAGUUUGGAUCCCACACUGGCACACCACCACUACACAUCAGCCCUGGUGGGCUGACUGGCCCUCAAGGAAGUGGUCAUCCUAUGACCCCGGUAACCAAGUUUGGAUCCCACACUGGUACACCAGUACCAACAUCAGCCAAACCACCAAACAUGUGUAUGUACACAGAUGGGAAAGUCUACUUCCAAGGUCAGACGUGGAAUGAUGGCUGCCAGUAUCUGUGUAACUGUCUUGACCCAAAGAUGAACAACUACCGCUGUGACUUGAGAUGUCCGUCAUAUUCUGGCCUACCCAGCUUCUGUACGAUGCAGCCCGACCCCAUGGAUCAGUGCUGCAAGAAACCCUCCUGCAUAUACAAUGGUCACGUGCUGCAGCCACUGCCUGGAGACAAGUUCCACCCACCUCUAAACCCAACGCUGAGUCCGGGUGUUAAAAAUAUCAUCCCUCUCGGCACUCACUCUGUUUUCUCUGGAUCAUCCUACCUGCCCGGCUCCAUGUCAUCAGGAAUGGCUGGUGGACACACGGUGUGUGUGUACAAGAACACGGUACACAAGCAGGGAGAAUCGUGGGACGAUGGCUGCAAGUACACCUGCACCUGUCUGCCUGGUCAGAAGGGAGUCUACCGGUGUAUCUCAAAAUGUCCCACCUACCCGGCUAUUCCUCAGUACUGUAAAUUCACGGACGUUCCCGGCCAGUGCUGCCCAUCUAUGUCUUGUAACAUCCCGGACGUCGGCAACUACCACCCGGUACCACAGAUCAACCCACACCCAGUGCCCACACUAGCACCAGGCCAGAUUCCAACCCCUGGACCAACACCGGAUCCUCAGGUGAUCGUAGGAGCAGGACCUGGAACAAACUUUGGUGGAGCUAACCCUGGAGGAGGGGCUCCCGUGCCCACAAUAGCUUCUACUGGAGGAUUUGUCAGUGGAAUCAAUGACAAGUGUAUCUACCAAGGCAGAAUGUACAACACCGGUGAAAAGUGGUCAGAUGGUUGCCGGUAUGACUGCCAAUGCAAAGAUGGAUAUUCGGGCUUCUACGAGUGUACUCCCAAGUGCGCAACAUUCAGCCAAGAUCAGAUACCGAAGCAGUGCUACUUGGUCAAGUCUCCCGGUUCGUGCUGUGCCCACCCGGUUUGUCAGAAACCAGAUGGCUCAUUGGUGGACCCCUUGCUCCACCCGGGGGCCUACCCCCUCGUUGGGUCAUACAGCGGAGGCUUCACCGGAUUUAGACCUGGAUAUUCUCCUAAUUACAUACCCACGUUAUCGGGAAGUAUUGGUGGACGUCUUGAGGGCUGUGUUUACAAAGGAGUGGUGCACAGGAAGGGAGAGAGGUGGACUGAUGGAUGCAAGUAUGACUGUGAGUGUCGGGACAACCAGCUGGGACAGUACAUGUGUACACCCAAAUGCCCAAUGUACACAGCGCUGCCUCCAAUGUGUAAGAUGGUGGCGCCCCCAAGUGGUCAGUGUUGUCAGCAAGUAUCUUGUCAAGUGUCGACCGUUAUGCCAACAACUGUGAGGCAUAACAUUCCAACCGGGCUGUGUAUGGACAAGUUGGACAACUGUAAAGCAUACGGAAAGUCUUCGUGCGUCCCACCAUACGUUGCCUGGGCCCAGUCAAACUGUCCAGCCUUUUGUGGAUUCUGUAAGGUAUCAGUCCAGACGACGCCUCCGCCGUGUGUAGACAAACUUCCUAACUGUCAGCUGUAUGGAAAGACUGCGUGCAUCGGACUCUACAAACCGUGGGCGGGAGACAACUGUAGGAAGUUCUGUGACCUGUGCUCGGGAUCGACUACACCACCCCCAACAACUCUGGCUCCUGUGCAGUGUGUUGAUAAACUAAAGAACUGUAAUGAAUACGGGUCUUAUACGUGUUCGGGGCAGUAUACCGCCUGGGCUAGAGAUAACUGCGCUAACUUUUGCGGAUACUGUGCCACCACUCCACCCCCAGUAACUGCAAUAUUGGGCCAUGGCUGGACACUGCUUCUUAAAGGUGUGGCUGGGAUACCUGGAAACUUGGCCAGUCUUUGGAACUCUCCAACAACUCUGAAUGAGCACGUCCCAUUGGCUCAGUACCUGACCAAUCAAUACCCAGGACACUACAAACCAGAUCUGUCCAAUCACUGGAAUGAAUGCAACUUUAAACAGAUCAAGGUAGCAAUCUUCAACAAGGGUGUCGAGAAAGCCAAUAUAAUUUUCAAUGCCGUUGGUGCCACUAAAAACAACUGGUUCAGUCCGAGUCGAAUCAUUAGCAGUACAUGGAAUGACAUCAAGAUGGCGCCACCUGGUGUUUUCAGCAUUCAGGGUGAUCCGCUGUCCGGUCGUGAGUUCUAUGCCAACAGUCACUCAAAUGGCUGUUCUGUUCUUGGCUGGAUUAUGAUUUCUUCAAAACAAGGAUGUUCGUGGGAGACAACAAAUGGACAAGGACCAUCUUUCUUCUAUGCACCUGGUUCGAACAUGGUCGAUUUUCAACAAACUCAGCCUGGUUCAGGCGAUGUCUUUGCUAUUAUGGCCCAGGGAGGAACUUGUGGGAGUAUCAACACCACACCUGCUCCAGUUACAGGUUUCACUGGAACUACAGGAGGUGUGUGUUUCUACAAGAACAAACUAUACAAGGAGGGGGAGUCCUGGUCAGAUGGGUGUGACUUUAACUGCACUUGUCUAAUUGGACAGUCCGGAGUCUACAGAUGCAGAGAUUUAUGUCCAACCUACACCAAACUGCCACAACAGUGUACUCUGAUAAAGAAACCUGGCGAAUGCUGCUCUACACCCAAAUGUCCUGGGCAAAAUAACAACUACAAUUCCUGCUUUUACAAAGGACAGAAUUAUGCCCAGGGUGCCACAUGGGAUGAUGGGUGUGACUUCAAGUGUACUUGUGAAGAUGCUAGCAAGGGAUUUUAUCAGUGCAGAUCAAAGUGCGUCCAAUGGCAACUGCCCAAACAAUGUACAAUGAAAGCACCGCCAGCGGGGAAAUGCUGCCCUGUUCCUUCCUGUCCACCCUCGAUUAUCAUCACCUACCCGGAUAAUUAUGUAGCUGAGUAAGGGGAAAAACACCUUCAGACAAUGUUUGUUUUCGUUGUUUUGUACUCAACCACACAACCAGGUUGUAUAUUGUUAUGAAUAAAAUGUAUUUUUCUUA